AUGCAAAAUCCGGUGACUGGUCUAGCCGUCAAAACACGUAAACUAUUCCUUGCCAGUAUACCAAGUGUCUUUACAGUAGAAGCUGUUCAUCUCGCUAGCAUGUUUGCUCGCUACGGGUACAUAUACCCAGCUCAUGAAACCAGACAACCAUUUGCAAUCAAGUAUGAUAAUACGUUCUAUCGAUUUCAGAUUAUAUUCAACAGGCAUCUAAUUUGUGGUUUACCAGAACUCCUACAAUUGACCUGUCUGAUUACGGCUGCAUUGGUAAAACUACAAAGUCAACUAGAAUAUAAUUGGAAUUCUGUUAUUUCAAAGGCAAAAGAAGAAGAAAGAAAGGACAAAUUGCGCAAUAAAGCUGAAAGGUCUUUAAGUUAUAGCGAGCAAAGAUGUUUUUGGAGAGUUCGUCAGCCUCCGUCUUAUGAUGCGAAUAUGUCAGAAGCCGGUUUUAGAAGAUUAAAUUCCACGGCGGAAGCCUUGCGAAAAAUGAUUGAAGGUUGUGCUAUGAAAGUUUCAAAAGGUGUAGAAAGCGUUAUCAACAAUUGUGAAAAAUAUAAAGACUACGAUCCAUUCCUACCGACUACUAGAACUAGUAAUCCUUGGAUUACUGAUAAAAUUACAGAAUGGAACCUAAAUUCAGUCAAUGCCACAGUUUUGCAUAAACGUCGAGUUUUAUUAUGGGCAGUAUCAUUAGCAGAUUUGCUACGAGAUGACAUUGGAGUGACCAAUUUUAUUGAAUUUGCUAGCAAUGAACACAGCGAAGAAAAUAUAAACUUCUGGCUAGAUUGUGAAAAUUUAAUACACCAUACGCCAAUGGCACUAGUGCCUAGUGUUGUUCAUGAUAUUUACGGGCGAUAUUUAACUCCAUCAUCUCCACAGCAAAUUAAUAUUGAUGCUAGCUAUAUUAGAAAUAUUGAUAAAUCACUCUAUGAUCCAAACAAGUGGAUAUUGAUUGAUAUACAGAAAAAAAUUUAUUACCUCAUGGAGAGGAAUAGUUACCGGCGCUUCAUAGAAUCUGAAGAAUAUCAAUCGAUUUUAGAAAGUGCAAUUGAAGUUCGACCUCGGAAAAAGUAUGAUUUUUUAAUCUAUUAUAAUUUAAAUCUAUUCCAACUCUACCUGAUACAAGCAGUGAUUAUUCCGGAAGAGUGGUAA